CAAGUUCAGCUGUGUAUAAGUACUGAGACUUUAUGCCGAUAGUUGUCAGAUAGGACAGACAUAAGGAAAGCAACUUCAACUUCAGGCUAUUAUUGCUCAUCACUCAACAAAACCAUGCGGUUCAGUGUCCUGUUCUUCCUUCUGCUCCUGGCCUGUCUGUACCUCACACUGGCCCAAGGUUCCUAUGAGAACUGCUGUCUGAAGUAUGUGAAAAAAAUCAAGAAUUCCACAAAAAAGAUGGUUAUAGACUAUAGGAAGCAGGUCACAGAUGGCUCCUGCAACAUCUUUGCUAUUGUAUUCAUAAUGAAGAGAAGAAGGCAUUUCUGUGCAGAUCCUGAACAACAAUGGGUUAAAAACCUGAUGAUGACAGUAGAUGCCAAGAGGUCCCGUUGAGUCGCAUGGUAUCUUUGGCAGAGAGAGAUGUGGUUUUUUUGAGUUUGAAUACCACUGCAUUUCCUGCACCAUUACAAAGCUUACUAUAACUCAGAAGCUUUUUUCCAUGCAUCUCAUGCUACAAUUUGGGGAGCCUGCUCUUGGUUGAAAAGUAGAAGGGUAUCACAGAAUAUGUUGUAUCAGCUGAGACUUCUAAAAAAUCUGACGGCACCUUUAGGAUGGAAAUUAACAUAUGAAUAUGUCAAUAAAAUCUAGCUAAAACAUGUACAGUUUUCACUCUGUGAUGCAUACGUACAUGUAAAUGUUAUCUUAUCAUGCCAAUGACAAAACGUGUCAGAAAAGAUGUACAAUGACUAAAGAAACAUCAAAUGUAUGAGUGCUGUUCCAGAACUGAGUGUAUUUGCAUGUUGGUAGCAGUGUGUUUUUGUACCUGGUUGAAUGGCAGUGCAUUUCACAAAUAUAUGAUAAAAUAUAAAUGAGAAAAUUGUCAUUCACAUUAUAACACUUCAUAUUGGUAGUUACACCUUACACAUACCUUAAUUUUUUUUUACAUUUGCAAUUAUACUUCAUAUAUUCUUCCAAUGCAUGUUUGUUAUAAAUCAAA